AUGUCGUCCCCUGCUACCGAAGUCCCGCCGCCUGCCGACGCGCCCGUCGCGGCCGCCGACGCCGCCACGCCGCCGGCUGCGCCCGUGGAAGCCGAGUCCGAUGCUUUCAACACCGACGACAUUGCCAACACGCUCGAGCACAUCAUGGCCAUGGGCCAGGGCCUCGACGACCAAGAAUACACGGACGAGCUGCAUGUGCUUCAAAACGACCCCAACACCAACUUGUACUCGGCCGUGACGUUCGAAGAGCUCAACUUGCCCGAGAACUUGCUCAAGGGCGUGUACGCGAUGAAGUUUACCAAGCCCUCGAAGAUUCAGUCGGUCGCGCUGCCCAUGAUCCUCUCCAAUCCGCCCGAGAACCUCAUUGGCCAAGCGCAGAGCGGCAGCGGCAAGACGGCGACGUUUGUGCUCGGUAUGCUCUACCGGGCGUCGAUCGACGCGAACCAGAAGAAGCCGCAGUCGCUCUGCCUCGCGCCGACGCGCGAGCUCGCCCGUCAGAUCAUGGCCGUCGCGACCAUCAUGGGCAAGUUUUGCGACAUUGAAACGUUCCUCGCCGUCCCGGGCAACGACCUCGAGAAGGGCCAGUCGGUCACGGCGCAGAUCGUCGUUGGCACGCCGGGUCGCAUCGAGAGCCUCAUCAAGCGACGCCAGCUCGACCUCAAGGACCUCAAGAUCUUUGUCCUCGACGAAGCCGACGUCAUGAUUGACGAGUCGGGCAUGCGGGACCGGUCGCUCGCGAUCAAAAAGCAAAUCCGCAACCCCAACUGCCAGAUGCUGCUGUUUUCGGCCACGUACGCGGACGAAGUACGCGAGUUUGCCGAGAAGCUUGUGCCCAACCACAACAUUAUCACGGUCAAGAAGGAGAAGCUGUCGCUCGAUGGCAUCAAGCAGUUUUGGAUCGACUGCAAGUCGCAGGCCCACAAGUACGACGUGCUCUCGGACCUCUUCGGGCUCCUCAACGUCGGCAAGAGCGUCAUUUUCGUGCAGUCGCGCGAGACGGCCAAGAAGCUCACGGCGAGCAUGCGCGAGAAGGGCCACUCGUGCGGCAUCCUGCACGGCGCCGACAUGGCCUUGGAGGUGCGCGACAAGGUCCUCGACGAGUUCCGCCUCGGCACGACCAAAGUGCUCAUCACGACCAACGUGCUGGCGCGUGGCAUUGACGUGCUCGGCGUCUCGCUCGUUGUCAACUUUGACAUUCCCGUCAACCGCGACAACCAGCCGGACCCGGAGACGUAUCUGCACCGCAUUGGUCGCACGGGCCGCUUUGGCCGGAAGGGCGCGGCCAUCAACUUCGUCCAUGACAACAAGUCGAAGCGCGACCUGGCCGAGAUUGAAAACUACUACGAGAAAGAGAUCGUCAUGGCGCCGGCCGACGACCUCGAAGCGCUCGAGAAGCUGCUUUCGUGGACGUGAAACGUGCGGUUCGCGCCCGUCGGACAAGAGACAACACGAUGAUUUUUUG